AUGGAAGAAAAGCAAGUUCGCUAUGAGAAAAUAGAGUUCUUAGGAGAAGGACAGUUUGCUACAGUCUACAAAGCUAAAGAUUAUAAAACUGGGAAUAUCGUCGCUGUCAAAAAGAUUAAGGUCGGGACGCGGGCUGAAGUAGCUGAUGGCAUUAACAGAACUGCUCUCCGGGAGAUCAAGCUGCUUCAGGAAUUGAGUCAUAUACAUAUCAUAGGGCUCCUUGAUGUCUUUGGACACAGAUCAAAUGUCAGUCUUGUUUUUGAUUUUAUGGAAACUGAUUUGGAGAUUGUUAUAAAAGAUAACGAAAUUGUUCUAACACCAGGACAUAUAAAGUCCUAUAUCCUACAAACUCUAAAAGGAUUAGAAUACCUUCACUCACACUGGAUAUUACACAGAGAUUUGAAGCCAAAUAAUUUACUGAUCAACCAGCAAGGAAUACUUAAACUUGGAGAUUUCGGUCUAGCAAAGUUUUACGGGUCCCCAACAAGAAUUUACACACAUCAAGUGGUGACAAGAUGGUAUCGUUGUCCAGAGCUGUUAUUUGGUGCUCGUCAGUAUGGUACAGGAGUGGACAUGUGGGCAGUCGGCUGUAUCCUGGCGGAACUCUUACGGAGG